CCUAGAAGGAAUGUGUAGGAUUAAACUUUCAUUUCUCGCUCUUUUCACAAAGUUGCUGGAACGCAAUAGCACAGUAUUCCAGGGAAAAGUCGGAGUCGAGCUUCGUAGCGUAGAGAAGUUUCAAUGGGAAUUCGAGACCUCUCAAUCAACUGCCGAAAUGUUCGUGAAUAUAUUAACUUAUCAAGUUUCCAAGACGCGGUAUCAUGUUGGCGAUGUCGAAGGUACAAUAUUGUUUCUGUCAAUAUGAGACCAAACUGGAG